UCGACCCGGGUGGGAAAGAGAGAGGAUGAAAGCUGUUGCCCCUGUCGUAGCCCUUGCACUAUGUGCUGCAGGUUUCUUCACUCUAGUGCUCUACUCGACUACAAGUUCCUCGUCUGGAGGUCAUAAGCAGGAAGCUCUACUCCGCAAAGCAAGAAUGGUCUGCGACUCCAAGUAUUCCAGUAUCCGAACAGACCAUACUAUGUGUCUGACAGACGCUGCCGGAAGUUCUGAAGUGGUCCUCACAGCUCAGGACAUACAAAACAUCGUGGACAGACAUAACCAGCACAGACAGGAGGAGACAACUGCUGCUAGCAUGCCUAUGGUGUCUUGGGACGAGGAAGUUGCUGUUAUUGCUGCUAAGUGGGCGCGCCAGUGUACGGCAGGACAUGAGGCAUCGGGAACAAUGAGAGCUGCCAGUGCAAUCCCUGGUGUGGCCAUAGGUCAGAACGUGGCCUGGGGUUACAGCGACUUUCUCAGCGCUAUAACAGAUGGAUGGCAGGGAGAGAAGGCCUGGUUCGAGUACGGGACAGGAUCCACCACUGGGGAAGCAGUGGGCCACCACACACAGAUCAUAAACGACGAUGUGAUUCGCAUCGGGUGCGGGCAGGCCACGUGCAGUAACGGCAACUACUACGUGUGUAACUACGCCAGAGGACAAUUCUCCGAUGAGAUUAAUAAGCCAUACUGUUCCACCACCGACGCGACUACAACCUGCGCCACGUGUUCGGAGAGAGACCCCAACACCGGACUCUGCACCUGCGACAGAGUUUGUUUGAAUUCCGCACAGCUUGAUAUAGCGACUUGUACGUGCACCUGCCCUGAUGGCGGCUACUUCACAGGGGGAUCAUGUGAGACAUUGACAUGUCCUGCAGCUGACCAGAGCUUCUGCAACACCAGCCCGGCCGACUACUGCACACAGUUCUCCAACUGGCCGUACCUGUGUCCGGUGGUGUGUGGAGUGUGCCCCACAACUUGUGGUCUAACCUGCCAGAACGGGGGCACCCAGAACACCAUCCCGUGCCUGUGUAAUUGUCCCCCUGAAUUCACCGGAUCACAGUGCGAGACUCCAGUGUCGACGUCGUGCACUCUCGCUUGUGUCAAUGGCGGAGUACUUGAUUCCACGGCCUGCACAUGCGCAUGUCCUACCGGAUACAGUGGCGCCACCUGCAGUGAUUGUGUAAGAACUUGCAACAACGGUGGCGUUCUGUCGCAGGCGUCAUGCACGUGCAGUUGCCCUACCAAGUGGACCGGGGACUCCUGUGACACCUGCAGUCAGACAUGCCAGAACGGUGGAGUUGUGACCUCACAGUGUACGUGCAGCUGCCCAGCUGGAUACAGCGGCGACGAAUGCCAAACACCUACGUCCACCUGCUCCCUGACGUGUUCCAACUCUGGCGUCCUCGACUCCACAGCCUGUUCCUGCUCCUGCACUGCGCCGUGGUCGGGAACAUCUUGUCAGACUUGUGAUCGAUCCUGCUCCAAUGGUGGUGUGCUUGAUUCUGCAACCUGCACUUGCCAGUGCCCCUCCCAGUGGACAGGAGACACCUGCCAAACGUGCACCUGGGCUUGUAUCAAUGGCGGAAUACUCUCAACGAGCACCUGCUCCUGUUCCUGUCCAGGAGGAUGGUCCGGGGACAUUUGUGAAACUUGUCAGCGGAGCUGCUCUAACGGUGGUAUUCUGAGUUCCGUCACCUGCACGUGCGCAUGUGUCUCGCCCUGGGGUGGAGAGACCUGUCAAACCUGCAGUCGAUCCUGUUCUAAUGGCGGUGUACUGUCUGCGGCCACCUGCACGUGUGCAUGUCCGACACCUUGGACUGGAGAUACAUGCCAGACGUGCACCCGCUCCUGUGCCAACGGAGGAGCCCUGGAUCCUGCCACGUGUACCUGCUCCUGUCCCGGUGCCUGGUCCGGCACAACUUGUCAAACGUGUGGUGCGUCUUGUUCGAACGGUGGUCAGUUGAACCCCUCGACCUGCGAGUGUUCCUGUGUCGCCCCCUGGACAGGAUCAACAUGCCAAACCUGCAGUCGAUCCUGUUCUAAUGGCGGUGUACUGUCUGCGGCCACCUGCACGUGUGCAUGUCCGUCACCUUGGACUGGAGAUACAUGCCAGACGUGCACCCGCUCCUGUGCCAACGGAGGAGUUCUGGACCCUGCCACGUGUACCUGCUCCUGUCCCGGUGCCUGGUCCGGCCCAACUUGUCAAACCUGCAGUCAGUCCUGUUCUAAUGGCGGUGCACUGUCCGCGGCCACCUGCACGUGUGCAUGUCCGUCGCAAUGGACCGGAGAUACAUGCCAGACGUGCACCCGCUCCUGUUCCAACGGAGGAGUUCUGGACCCUGCCACGUGUACCUGCUCCUGUCCCGGUGCCUGGUCCGGCCCAACUUGUCAAACGUGUGGUGCAUCUUGUUUUAACGGUGGUCAAUUGAACCCCUCGACAUGUGAGUGUUCCUGUUUCGCCCCCUGGACAGGAUCAACAUGCCAGGGCUGUAGUCGCACCUGUUCUAACAAUGGGGUAUUGAAUCCAAGCACGUGCAGCUGUUCCUGCCCCAACCCAUGGACUGGAGACACCUGCCAGACCUGCAGCCGUGUGUGCAGCAACAGUGGCGUCAUCAACCCCACCACGUGUGCGUGCACGUGUCCAUUCCCCUACACCGGUCCUACCUGUGACACGUGCAACAUCCAGUGUGAGAAUAACGGAGUUCAGGCUACCAGCGGGUGUUCGUGUAUCUGCCAGCCCGGCUUCACGGGACAGACAUGCCAGCUACAAACGUGCACCCUGCAAUGUAUGAACGGUGGCGUCCUGGACGCCUCCACCUGCAGCUGCUCCUGCCCCUCCCCCUGGACGGGGACCUCGUGCCAAACAUGUAUGCGAUCAUGCUCCAACGGAGGCGCCGUUAACCCAAGCACGUGCACCUGCACAUGCCCGUUUCCUUGGACUGGGAUCACUUGCAACACGUGCGGCCGACAAUGCGUAAAUGGCGGAGCGUUGACAUCGGCCUGUACAUGUACUUGUCCUUUUGGCUUUGCUGGAGACUCCUGCGAGAUAAGCACCUGCACCCGCACAUGUUCCAAUGGAGGCGCCCUUAACCAAUUAGCGUGUUCCUGCUCUUGUCCGUCACCUUGGACUGGAGAUACUUGCCAAACAUGCAGUCGUUCCUGCGCGAACGGUGGAGUGCUGGACCCGUCUACCUGUACCUGCACCUGCCUGACUCCCUGGACGGGCGACACGUGUGGAACGUGCAGCCGACGAUGUGUAAAUGGCGGAGCGUUGACAUCGGCCUGUACAUGUACUUGUCCUUUUGGCUUUGCCGGAGCCUCCUGCGAGUUAACAUCCUGCACAACGCAGUGUCAGAAUGGCGGCACUCUGACGUCCUCCUGCACCUGUGUCUGCCCCGCGGGGUACACUGGAACUUUCUGUGAGACACCUUCCUGUUCCCGACAGUGUCUUAACAACGGCAUCCUCAUCCAGUCUGCGUGUGCCUGUGCCUGUCCGGUGAGGUUCGCCGGUGACUCCUGUGAGCGGUGUAAUCUCAACUGUCAAAAUGGCGGUGUCGCAAAUUACCCAUCAUGCACCUCCUGUACCUGUCCACUCGGAUUCAGUGGCGCCCUCUGUCAGACAGCGGGCUGCACUACUGAGUGUCAGAAUGGCGGACAGCUGACGUCCUCCUGCACGUGCACAUGUCCAGCUGGAUUCUCUGGAAACCUGUGUCAGAUCUCGUCCUGUUCACGGGUAUGCCCGAGCGGUCAGAAGCUGAAUCCCUCGCGCUGUGUGUGUAUCCCCGACAACGUUGAAUGCAAUGGGAGAGAGGCUGAAUUCUGUCGCUUCUACGCCACUGUAUGCCGAUACAUCAAGACACUCAUGACAGUCUGUCCCAACACGUGCAGGACAUGCGAGAUCAAUGCGCCGAACCCGCUGCCACAGUUCACUGGCUGGUCCUAGGCUGGGGUCCUAGCAUGCUUCGGUUAAGCCGAAUACGGAAUUAAAAGGAAUAAAAAGUAUCGGCUAA